AGCUGACACGCCCCCUUCUGUCUGGCUUGAAUCAAAAUAACAUCAAGGAACAUUUUGCGGUUCCCAAAUUCAUGAGAGAAAUUGGCCUCGUGGGUUCCUUAAAUGAAUUUUACACUCCUAAGGCUUGAAAUGAAGAGGUUCAGCCUUUGCAGCAAGUUUGUAAUCGACUCGUAUUUUGCUCAGACGGGCAGAAGAAACCUCGCUCACCUCUCCGGUAUCACACCGCAGAACGCAUUCUUCCAAAGGCAGCUUAAGUUUAAUAGGUUACUGAACACAACUUCAGCCUUGAGAAAUGUUGAACCACCAAAACGAGAAAAGGCGUCGGAAAAGGGCAUCAUUACGUGGAAAACAUUUGGAAUCACUGCAGUAAUUGGAGGAGGACUUUUAGCAUUCAUGCUUUACAUAAAAAAGGAAAAAGAACUUGCGAUCGCCAGAGAGAGAAAGAGAGCUUUGGGAAAGAUCUCAAUUGGAGGAAAAUUCAAAUUGUCUGAUUGUAAAGGCAGAAUUCGCAGCUCCGAGGAUUACUUAGGCCACUGGUGUCUAAUUUACUUUGGAUUCACUCACUGUCCAGACAUCUGCCCAGAUGAAAUUGAGAAAAUGGUGGCCGUUGUUGACAAAAUUGAUAAGGAAAAGCAAGUAAAAAUUCAGCCGAUUUUCAUCUCUGUUGAUCCUGAGAGAGACACGCCAGCAAUAGUUGGAAAAUAUGUUGCAGAGUUCUCACCCCGUCUUUUAGGAUUGACGGGCACCAGAAAGCAAAUUGACGAAGUUUGUAAGGCCUACCGUGUAUAUUCAAGUGCUGGUCCACGAGAUCAAGAAGAUGAUUACAUUGUGGACCACACUAUCAUAAUGUACUUAGUCAAUCCUGAUGGAGAGUUUGUGGACUAUUACGGCCAAAACAGAAAGCCAGAGGAAAUCUUCAACAGCAUAAAUAUCCAUGCCCUUAAAUAUGAGAAAAUGAAUAAUCCAGGCUGGUUCUGAUUUGUUAGCAUUUACUUGUUGGCCUUGUAUAUCAGAGAUGGUAUUUAAUUUCCUGUAUAAAUUCACUGAGAGAAACUAACAAAUUAAUUAAAACUAUGCAUAUGAGAACAAGAAAAAUUUGA